AAUUCCUAAAAUUAAUCUCAACCCACCAUGACCCGUCUCAGAAAACCCACUAAACCCAUCACCAUCUUCCAUCUCUCUAUCUCCAAAUUCAUCCUCAUCUUUCUCUUCCUCUCAAUGGCAUUCUUUUUCCUCUUCAUUCUCUUCUUCUUCUUCCCUAGCCACUCUCACUCCUCCUCCGUACAAAUCCAACAAGCCUGCAAGGCUACACGCUUCCCUCAACAAUGCCACACCUCCCUCAACAACCUCCCACCCCACCCCACCCCGCUCCAAACAAUCCAAUCCGCCAUUGAAAUUUCCUCCUCCAACCUCAACACCGCGCGAUCUAAGCUCAACUCCAUCGUAGACGCCUCCGCACCCAAUCACACCCGCACCACCGUCGCCAACACCUGCCUCCGGGUCCUCCGAUACUCCCACCACCGCACCUCCCUCGCCGCCCACGCGCUCCCUCGUGGAAUGACCAAAGACGCUCGCGCCUGGAUGAGCGCCGCCUUGGCCUACCAGUACAAUUGCUGGUCUGGUCUCAAAUACAUCAACGACACCGCAUUGGUAGCCGAAACGAUGUCGUUUCUCGAAACCCUCACAGCACUCUCCAGCAACGCCCUCAGCAUGAUGGUUUCCUACGACCUCUUCGGAAACGACACCGCUUCGUGGAGGCCGCCCCUAACGGAGCGUGACGGCUUCUGGGAACCGUCAGGGUCGGACCUAGUCGGGUCGGGACCCGCUUUACCCUCGACAUUGACACCGGACGUUACGGUGUGUAAGGACGGGGGAUGUUAUAAGACGGUGCAGGAAGCCGUUAACGCGGCGCCUGAUAACGGGGAACGGAGGUUUGUGAUACACAUAAAGGAAGGUGUUUAUGAGGAGAGGGUUAGGGUUCCGUUACGGAAGAGGAAUGUGGUGUUCUUGGGCGAUGGCAUGGGGAAGACCGUGAUUACGGGAUCUGCUAACGUUGGUUUGCAGCCCGGCAUGACAACCUACGACUCAGCCACCGUAGGGGUUGCUGGGGAUGGAUUCAUGGCGAAGGAUCUCACAAUCCAGAACACGGCUGGUCCUAAUGCUCACCAAGCUGUGGCCUUCAGAUCAGACAGUGAUCUUUCUAUCAUUGAGAACUGUGAAUUCAUAGGCAAUCAAGAUACUCUUUAUACCCAUUCCCUGCGCCAAUUCUAUAAAUCUUGCCGUAUCCUUGGUAACGUGGACUUCAUCUUUGGGAACUCAGCUUCGAUCUUCCAAGACUGCAAAAUCCUUGUCCGGCCCCGGCAAGUCAGGCCAAAGAAGGGGGAGAACAAUGCCAUUACUGCCCAAGGCAGGACAGACCCUGCUCAGUCGACGGGCUUUGUUUUCCAGAACUGCUUGGUUAAUGGUACUGAGGAAUAUAUGGCGUUGUAUUAUAGCAAGCCUAAAGUUCACAAGAACUAUCUGGGUAGGCCAUGGAAGGAGUAUUCUAGAACAGUUUUCAUUCAUUCAUUAUUGGAAGCCCUUAUCACACCAGAGGGUUGGAUGCCAUGGAGUGGAGAUUUUGCGUUGCAAACACUUUACUAUGGCGAAUUUGAGAACUCCGGACCUGGUUCUAAUUUAGCUCAGAGGGUGCCCUGGAGCGACAAGGUCCCUGCCCAGCAUGUGUUAUCGUAUUCCGUGCAGGGUUUCGUUCAAGGAGAUGAUUGGAAUCGUGUUUCCAGUUAUUAGGUCAUAUAAGGAGUGUUCUCUAUAGCCAUGAAUAGGAGGCAUCAAUUAAUGGGGAAUUUUUCCACGUCCACUCUGAACUGCCAGUACAAUGAAGUUGUCAAAAGCGACAGGGAGAUAUUCAAAUGCUAUGUCAGUUGUCCUGGCAGAUCCUGAGGGUUGAUCCUACUAGUUUAUUUUUUUUGGGUUGGUCCUCCACAGAAAAGUUUUAUAUAUUCUUUCUGCCUGAUGGCACUGUUAUAGAAUCUUGAUCUGAUCCAAGUGAAAAUAGUAGAUUCCGCAAAUCUCGGCUUUCGAUGUAAGUAGGCAAAGAAUAUGGAAGGAAAAACCAAUAUAGGUAGAACAGAAUGGCUAUUAUAUGUUACACUAAGAAAAUAUUUGGUCAAGAACGGUGUCCUUCUCAUUCAGAUUGCUCAUAUAAAUACAGUAAUAUUACAAGC